AUGUUUGCUCGUCGCUGUGCUCGCUUGGCUACUUCUCGGACCUCCAUCCCUCUGAGCUCCUACCUGGCUCGCGUGCGCCCGUAUUCCUCUGGCCCGAGCUAUGAGCACAUCCUCACCGAGACCCCGAAGCCCGGGGUUGGUCUCAUCACCCUGAACCGACCGAAGGCCCUGAAUGCCCUGUCCAGUCCUCUGUUCAAGGAGCUUAACGAUGCGCUGAGCAAGUACGAUAACGACAAGGAUAUCGGUGCAAUUAUCAUCACCGGAAGUGAGAAGGCAUUCGCUGCCGGCGCCGACAUCAAGGAAAUGGCUCCCCUCAGCUUCGCCGCUGCCUACUCCGACAACUUCAUCGCUCCUUGGUCUCACCUUGCCAACGCAAUUCGCAAGCCCGUCAUCGCGGCUGUCUCCGGCUAUGCUCUCGGCGGUGGCUGCGAGCUGGCGCUGAUGUGUGACAUCCUUUACUGCACCGCGAACGCGACUUUCGGACAACCGGAGAUCAAGCUGGGCACCAUUCCCGGCGCGGGUGGCUCGCAGCGUCUCACCCGAGCUGUUGGCAAGAGCAAGGCGAUGGAGCUCAUUCUCACCGGCAAGAACUUCAGUGGCAAGGAAGCUGGUGAGUGGGGUGUCGCCGCUCAGGUGAUCGACGGUGGAAAGGACGAGCUUCUGGCGACUGCUCUCAAGACCGCAGAGACUAUUGCCGGCUAUGGCCGUGUCUCUGUCAUUGCUGGUAAAGAGGUCGUCAACAAGAGCCAAGAGUUGUCGCUGCGUGAGGGUGUCGAGUAUGAGCGUCGUUUGUUCCACUCCUUGUUUGGAAGCAAGGACCAGAAGAUCGGCAUGACUGCAUUCGCAGAGAAGAAGAAGCCCGACUGGUCGAACGAGUAG